AUGGAUCAUUUGCAUAAGAGGAGGGAGGGAGGAGAUGCAGGAACUCAUUGGUCCUGGUUUCUUACCUGCGACUCCUCCAGUGCUGCAGCAUGCGCGCUCGUGGACCAAGGCGCGCUCGUGGACCAAGGCGCGCUCGUGGACCAAGGCGCGCUCGUGGACCAAGGCGCGCUCGUGGACCAAGGCGCGCUCGUGGACCAAGGCGCGCUCGUGGACCAAGGCGCUGGCUCGUGGACCAAGGCGCGCUCUCGUGGACCAAGGCGCGCUCGUGGACCAAGGCGCGCUCUCGUGGACCAAGGCGCGCUCGUGGACCAAGGCGCGCUCUCGUGGACCAAGGCGCGCUCGUGGACCAAGGCGCGCUCGUGGACCAAGGCGCGCUCGUGGACCAAGGCGCGCUCGUGGACCAAGGCGCGCUCGUGGACCAAGGCGCGCUCUCGUGGACCAAGGUGCUGGCUCGUGGACCAAGGCGCGCUCGUGGACCAAGGCGCGCUCGUGGACCAAGGCGCGCUCGUGGACCAAGGCGCGCUCGUGGACCAAGGCGCGCUCGUGGACCAAGGCGCGCUCGUGGACCAAGGCGCGCUCGUGGACCAAGGCGCGCUCGUGGACCAAGGCGCGCGCGUGGACCAAGGCGCGCGCGUGGACCAAGGUGCUGGCUCGUGGACCAAGGCGCGCUCGUGGACCAAGGCGCGCUCGUGGACCAAGGCGCGCUCGUGGACCAAGGCGCGCUCGUGGACCAAGGCGCGCUCGUGGACCAAGGCGCUGGCUCGUGGACCAAGGCGCGCUCUCGUGGACCAAGGCGCGCUCGUGGACCAAGGCGCGCUCUCGUGGACCAAGGCGCGCUCGUGGACCAAGGCGCGCUCUCGUGGACCAAGGUGCUGGCUCGUGGACCAAGGCGCGCUCGUGGACCAAGGCGCGCUCGUGGACCAAGGCGCGCUCGUGGACCAAGGCGCGCUCGUGGACCAAGGCGCGCUCGUGGACCAAGGCGCGCGCGUGGACCAAGGCGCGCGCGUGGACCAAGGUGCUGGCUCGUGGACCAAGGCGCGCUCGUGGACCAAGGCGCGCUCGUGGACCAAGGCGCGCUCGUGGACCAAGGCGCGCUCGUGGACCAAGGCGCGCGCGUGGACCAAGGCGCGCGCGUGGACCAAGGCGCGCGCGUGGACCAAGGUGCUGGCUCGUGGACCAAGGCGCGCUCGUGGACCAAGGCGCGCUCGUGGACCAAGGCGCGCUCGUGGACCAAGGCGCGCUCGUGGACCAAGGCGCGCUCGUGGACCAAGGCGCGCGCGUGGACCAAGGCGCGCGCGUGGACCAAGGUGCUGGCUCGUGGACCAAGGCGCGCUCGUGGACCAAGGCGCGCUCGUGGACCAAGGCGCGCUCGUGGACCAAGGCGCGCUCGUGGACCAAGGCGCGCUCGUGGACCAAGGCGCGCUCGUGGACCAAGGCGCGCGCGUGGACCAAGGCGCGCGCGUGGACCAAGGUGCUGGCUCGUGGACCAAGGCGCGCUCGUGGACCAAGGCGCGCUCGUGGACCAAGGCGCGCUCGUGGACCAAGGCGCGCUCGUGGACCAAGGCGCGCUCGUGGACCAAGGCGCGCUCGUGGACCAAGGCGCGCGCGUGGACCAAGGCGCGCGCGUGGACCAAGGCGCGCGCGUGGACCAAGGUGCUGGCUCGUGGACCAAGGCGCGCUCGUGGACCAAGGCGCGCUCGUGGACCAAGGUGCUGGCUCGUGGACCAAGGCGCGCUCGUGGACCAAGGCGCGCUCGUGGACCAAGGCGCGCUCGUGGACCAAGGCGCGCUCGUGGACCAAGGCGCGCUCGUGGACCAAGGCGCGCUCGUGGACCAAGGCGCGCGCGUGGACCAAGGCGCGCGCGUGGACCAAGGCGCGCGCGUGGACCAAGGCGCGCUCGUGGACCAAGGCGCGCUCGUGGACCAAGGCGCGCGCGUGGACCAAGGCGCGCGUGUGGACCAAGGCGCGCGCGUGGACCAAGGCGCGCGCGUGGACCAAGGCGCGCGUGUCGACCAAGGCGCGCUCGUGGACCAAGGCGCGCUCGUGGACCAAGGCGCGCUCGUGGACCAAGGCGCGCUCGUGGACCAAGGCGCGCUCGUGGACCAAGGCGCGCUCGUGGACCAAGGCGCGCUCGUGGACCAAGGCGCGCUCGUGGACCAAGGCGCGCGCGUGGACCAAGGCGCGCGUGUGGACCAAGGCGCGCUCGUGGACCAAGGCGCGCUCGUGGACCAAGGCGCGCUCGUGGACCAAGGCGCGCUCGUGGACCAAGGCGCGCUCGUGGACCAAGGCGCGCUCGUGGACCAAGGCGCGCUCUCGUGGACCAAGGCGCGCUCUCGUGGACCAAGGCGCGCUCGUGGACCAAGGCGCGCUCGUGGACCAAGGCGCGCUCGUGGACCAAGGCGCGCUCUCGUGGACCAAGGCGCGCUCGUGGAACAAGGCGCGCGCUCGUGGACCAAGGCGCACUCGUGGACCAAGGCGCGCUCGUGGACCAAGGCGCGCUCUCGUGGACCAAGGCGCGCUCUCGUGGACCAAGGCGCGCUCGUGGACCAAGGCGCGCUCGUGGACCAAGGCGCGCUCUCGUGGACCAAGGCGCGCUCUCGUGGACCAAGGCGCGCUCUCGUGGACCAAGGCGCGCUCUCGUGGACCAAGGCGCGCUCUCGUGGACCAAGGCGCGCUCUCGUGGACCAAGGCGCGCUCUCGUGGACCAAGGCGCGCUCGUGGACCAAGGCGCGCUCGUGGAACAAGGCGCGCGCUCGUGGACCAAGGCGCGCUCGUGGACCAAGGCGCGCUCGUGGACCAAGGCGCGCUCUCGUGGACCAAGGCGCGCUCUCGUGGACCAAGGCGCGCUCUCGUGGACCAAGGCGCGCUCUCGUGGACCAAGGCGCGCUCUCGUGGACCAAGGCGCGCUCUCGUGGACCAAGGCGCGCUCUCGUGGACCAAGGCGCGCUCUCGUGGACCAAGGCGCGCUCGUGGACCAAGGCGCGCUCGUGGACCAAGGCGCGCGCUCGUGGAACAAGGCGCGCGCUCGUGGACCAAGGCGCGCUCGUGGACCAAGGCGCGCUCGUGGACCAAGGCGCGCUCGUGGACCAAGGCGCGCUCUCGUGGACCAAGGCGCGCUCUCGUGGACCAAGGCGCGCUCUCGUGGACCAAGGCGCGCUCUCGUGGACCAAGGCGCGCUCUCGUGGACCAAGGCGCGCUCUCGUGGACCAAGGCGCGCUCGUGGACCAAGGCGCGCGCGUGUGGACCAAGGCGCGCUCGUGGACCAAGGCGCGCUCGUGGACCAAGGCGCGCUCGUGGACCAAGGCGCGCUCGUGGACCAAGGCGCGCUCUCGUGGACCAAGGCGCGCUCUCGUGGACCAAGGCGCGCUCUCGUGGACCAAGGCGCGCUCUCGUGGACCAAGGCGCGCUCUCGUGGACCAAGGCGCGCUCUCGUGGACCAAGGCGCGCUCUCGUGGACCAAGGCGCACUCUCGUGGACCAAGGCGCGCUCGUGGACCAAGGCGCGCUCGUGGACCAAGGCGCGCUCGUGGACCAAGGCGCGCUCGUGGACCAAGGCGCGCUCGUGGACCAAGGCGCGCGCGUGGACCAAGGCGCGCGCGUGGACCAAGGCGCGCGCGUGGACCAAGGCGCGCGUGUGGACCAAGGCGCGCUCGUGGACCAAGGCGCGCUCGUGGACCAAGGCGCGCUCGUGGACCAAGGCGCGCUCGUGGACCAAGGCGCGCUCGUGGACCAAGGCGCGCUCGUGGACCAAGGCGCGCUCGUGGACCAAGGCGCGCGUGGACCAAGGCGCGCGCGCGCUCUCGUGGACCAAGGCGCGCUCGUGGACCAAGGCGCGCUCGUGGACCAAGGCGCGCUCGUGGACCAAGGCGCGCUCGUGGACCAAGGCGCGCGCGUGGACCAAGGCGCGCGUGUGGACCAAGGCGCGCUCGUGGACCAAGGCGCGCUCGUGGACCAAGGCGCGCUCGUGGACCAAGGCGCGCUCGUGGACCAAGGCGCGCUCGUGGACCAAGGCGCGCUCGUGGACCAAGGCGCGCUCGUGGACCAAGGCGCGCUCUCGUGGACCAAGGCGCGCUCUCGUGGACCAAGGCGCGCUCGUGGACCAAGGCGCGCUCGUGGACCAAGGCGCGCUCGUGGACCAAGGCGCGCUCGUGGACCAAGGCGCGCUCUCGUGGACCAAGGCGCGCUCUCGUGGACCAAGGCGCGCUCUCGUGGACCAAGGCGCGCUCUCGUGGACCAAGGCGCGCUCUCGUGGACCAAGGCGCGCUCUCGUGGACCAAGGCGCGCUCUCGUGGACCAAGGCGCGCUCGUGGACCAAGGCGCGCUCGUGGAACAAGGCGCGCGCUCGUGGACCAAGGCGCGCUCGUGGACCAAGGCGCGCUCGUGGACCAAGGCGCGCUCUCGUGGACCAAGGCGCGCUCUCGUGGACCAAGGCGCGCUCUCGUGGACCAAGGCGCGCUCUCGUGGACCAAGGCGCGCUCGUGGACCAAGGCGCGCUCGUGGAACAAGGCGCGCGCUCGUGGACCAAGGCGCGCUCGUGGACCAAGGCGCGCUCGUGGACCAAGGCGCGCUCUCGUGGACCAAGGCGCGCUCUCGUGGACCAAGGCGCGCUCGUGGACCAAGGCGCGCUCUCGUGGACCAAGGCGCGCUCUCGUGGACCAAGGCGCGCUCUCGUGGACCAAGGCGCGCUCUCGUGGACCAAGGCGCGCUCGUGGACCAAGGCGCUGGCUCGUGGACCAAGGCGCUGGCUCGUGGACCAAGGCGCGCUCUCGUGGACCAAGGCGCGCUCUCGUGGACCAAGGCGCGCUCUCGUGGACCAAGGCGCGCUCUCGUGGACCAAGGCGCGCUCUCGUGGACCAAGGCGCGCUCUCGUGGACCAAGGCGCGCUCGUGGACCAAGGCGCGCUCUCGUGGACCAAGGCGCGCUCUCGUGGACCAAGGCGCGCUCUCGUGGACCAAGGCGCGCUCUCGUGGACCAAGGCGCGCUCUCGUGGACCAAGGCGCGCUCUCGUGGACCAAGGCGCGCUCUCGUGGACCAAGGCGCGCUCUCGUGGACCAAGGCGCGCUCUCGUGGACCAAGGCGCGCUCGUGGACCAAGGCGCGCUCGUGGAUCAAGGAGCGCUCUCGUGGACCAAGGCGCGCUCUCGUGGACCAAGGCGCGCUCUCGUGGACCAAGGCGCGCUCUCGUGGACCAAGGCGCGCUCUCGUGGACCAAGGCGCGCUCUCGUGGACCAAGGCGCGCUCUCGUGGACCAAGGCGCGCUCUCGUGGACCAAGGCGCGCUCUCGUGGACCAAGGCGCGCUCUCGUGGACCAAGGCGCGCUCUCGUGGACCAAGGCGCGCUCUCGUGGACCAAGGCGCGCUCUCGUGGACCAAGGCGCGCUCUCGUGGACCAAGGCGCGCUCGUGGACCAAGGCGCGCACUCGUGGACCAAGGCGCGCGCUCGUGGAACAAGGCGCGCGCUCGUGGACCAAGGCGCGCUCGUGGACCAAGGCGCGCUCGUGGACCAAGGCGCGCUCGUGGACCAAGGCGCGCUCUCGUGGACCAAGGCGCGCUCUCGUGGACCAAGGCGCGCUCUCGUGGACCAAGGCGCGCUCUCGUGGACCAAGGCGCGCUCUCGUGGACCAAGGCGCGCUCUCGUGGACCAAGGCGCGCUCGUGGACCAAGGCGCGCUCGUGGACCAAGGCGCGCUCGUGGACCAAGGCGCGCUCGUGGACCAAGGCGCGCUCGUGGACCAAGGCGCGCUCGUGGACCAAGGCGCGCUCUCGUGGACCAAGGCGCGCUCUCGUGGACCAAGGCGCGCUCUCGUGGACCAAGGCGCGCUCUCGUGGACCAAGGCGCGCUCUCGUGGACCAAGGCGCGCUCUCGUGGACCAAGGCGCGCUCUCGUGGACCAAGGCGCACUCUCGUGGACCAAGGCGCGCUCGUGGACCAAGGCGCGCUCGUGGACCAAGGCGCGCUCGUGGACCAAGGCGCGCUCGUGGACCAAGGCGCGCUCGUGGACCAAGGCGCGCGCGUGGACCAAGGCGCGCGCGUGGACCAAGGCGCGCGCGUGGACCAAGGCGCGCGUGUGGACCAAGGCGCGCUCGUGGACCAAGGCGCGCUCGUGGACCAAGGCGCGCUCGUGGACCAAGGCGCGCUCGUGGACCAAGGCGCGCUCGUGGACCAAGGCGCGCUCGUGGACCAAGGCGCGCGCGUGGACCAAGGCGCGCGUGUGGACCAAGGCGCGCUCGUGGACCAAGGCGCGCUCGUGGACCAAGGCGCGCUCGUGGACCAAGGCGCGCUCGUGGACCAAGGCGCGCUCGUGGACCAAGGCGCGCUCGUGGACCAAGGCGCGCUCGUGGACCAAGGCGCGCUCUCGUGGACCAAGGCGCGCUCUCGUGGACCAAGGCGCGCUCGUGGACCAAGGCGCGCUCGUGGACCAAGGCGCGCUCGUGGACCAAGGCGCGCUCGUGGACCAAGGCGCGCGCGUGGACCAAGGCGCGCGUGUGGACCAAGGCGCGCUCUCGUGGACCAAGGCGCGCUCUCGUGGACCAAGGCGCGCUCGUGGACCAAGGCGCGCUCGUGGACCAAGGCGCGCUCGUGGACCAAGGCGCGCUCGUGGACCAAGGCGCGCUCUCGUGGACCAAGGCGCGCUCUCGUGGACCAAGGCGCGCUCUCGUGGACCAAGGCGCGCUCUCGUGGACCAAGGCGCGCUCUCGUGGACCAAGGCGCGCUCUCGUGGACCAAGGCGCGCUCUCGUGGACCAAGGCGCGCUCUCGUGGACCAAGGCGCGCUCGUGGACCAAGGCGCGCUCGUGGAACAAGGCGCGCGCUCGUGGACCAAGGCGCGCUCGUGGACCAAGGCGCGCUCGUGGACCAAGGCGCGCUCUCGUGGACCAAGGCGCGCUCUCGUGGACCAAGGCGCGCUCUCGUGGACCAAGGCGCGCUCUCGUGGACCAAGGCGCGCUCGUGGACCAAGGCGCGCUCGUGGAACAAGGCGCGCGCUCGUGGACCAAGGCGCGCUCGUGGACCAAGGCGCGCUCGUGGACCAAGGCGCGCUCUCGUGGACCAAGGCGCGCUCUCGUGGACCAAGGCGCGCUCGUGGACCAAGGCGCGCUCUCGUGGACCAAGGCGCGCUCUCGUGGACCAAGGCGCGCUCUCGUGGACCAAGGCGCGCUCUCGUGGACCAAGGCGCGCUCGUGGACCAAGGCGCUGGCUCGUGGACCAAGGCGCUGGCUCGUGGACCAAGGCGCGCUCUCGUGGACCAAGGCGCGCUCUCGUGGACCAAGGCGCGCUCUCGUGGACCAAGGCGCGCUCUCGUGGACCAAGGCGCGCUCUCGUGGACCAAGGCGCGCUCGUGGACCAAGGCGCGCUCGUGGACCAAGGCGCGCUCUCGUGGACCAAGGCGCGCUCUCGUGGACCAAGGCGCGCUCUCGUGGACCAAGGCGCGCUCUCGUGGACCAAGGCGCGCUCUCGUGGACCAAGGCGCGCUCUCGUGGACCAAGGCGCGCUCUCGUGGACCAAGGCGCGCUCUCGUGGACCAAGGCGCGCUCUCGUGGACCAAGGCGCGCUCGUGGACCAAGGCGCGCUCGUGGAUCAAGGAGCGCUCUCGUGGACCAAGGCGCGCUCUCGUAGAACAAGGCGCGCUCUCGUGGACCAAGGCGCGCUCUCGUGGACCAAGGCGCGCUCUCGUGGACCAAGGCGCGCUCUCGUGGACCAAGGCGCGCUCUCGUGGACCAAGGCGCGCUCUCGUGGACCAAGGCGCGCUCUCGUGGACCAAGGCGCGCUCUCGUGGACCAAGGCGCGCUCGUGGACCAAGGCGCGCUCUCGUGGACCAAGGCGCGCUCUCGUGGACCAAGGCGCGCUCUCGUGGACCAAGGCGCGCUCUCGUGGACCAAGGCGCGCUCUCGUGGACCAAGGCGCGCUCUCGUGGACCAAGGCGCGCUCUCGUGGACCAAGGCGCGCUCUCGUGGACCAAGGCGCGCUCGUGGACCAAGGCGCGCUCGUGGACCAAGGCGCGCUCUCGUGGACCAAGGCGCGCUCUCGUGGACCAAGGCGCGCUCGUGGACCAAGGCGCGCUCUCGUGGACCAAGGCGCGCUCUCGUGGACCAAGGCGCGCUCUCGUGGACCAAGGCGCGCUCUCGUGGACCAAGGCGCGCUCUCGUGGACCAAGGCGCGCUCUCGUGGACCAAGGCGCGCUCUCGUGGACCAAGGCGCGCUCUCGUGGACCAAGGCGCGCUCUCGUGGACCAAGGCGCGCUCUCGUGGACCAAGGCGCGCUCUCGUGGACCAAGGCGCGCUCUCGUGGACCAAGGCGCGCUCUCGUGGACCAAGGCGCGCUCGUGGACCAAGGCGCGCUCUCGUGGACCAAGGCGCGCUCUCGUGGACCAAGGCGCGCUCUCGUGGACCAAGGCGCGCUCUCGUGGACCAAGGCGCGCUCUCGUGGACCAAGGCGCGCUCUCGUGGACCAAGGCGCGCUCUCGUGGACCAAGGCGCGCUCUCGUGGACCAAGGCGCGCUCUCGUGGAGCAAGGCGCGCUCUCGGGGACCAACACGAGCACCAUGA